UGUGAUCGAAAACAAUAACAAACAUUUUAACAUUUUGCUUGUGUUGGAAAUACGUGAGAAGAAGAGGAAUUUGUAUUCUUAUAAUGCUAUAAUUAUUAUAUAUGAUUAUAAUGAGGUUAUUCGGUGUUGUAAGUAAUGUAAUGAGGCAGCGCAGCCUUACAUCAAUCUUAGUCCCGUAUUGCCGUACGGAUGUUAUUACUCGAACACUUAAAAGUGAACCAAUUGAUCCUUACGUGUUGGAUGAAAUUAGUGAAGAAAUAGAGGAAGCAGAAGCAGCUGCGGCUCUCCAAGCAAAGGAGAGAGAAAUUCAGAGAAAAAGAGAUAAGUCUCGUUUACUCAAGCACCAUAAAAAUAUGGUACAUGAGCAAAUUCCUUACGUAGAACCAAAAGCGUGGUUUCACGAAACCAUCAAGUAUAAACGGAGAAUGUACGGCCGUUAUGGUGAGGCAAGUGGUGUGAACCCAGCUCUAACGUGGCCUACUAGAGAAGAAUUGGCAGAUACACUGGAAUAUGAAUCAGUUGCAUUUCCUGAAACUUUACAAGAAAUGAUCGAAAAGAAUAGGGCAAAGAAGCAGGAAAAAGAGCUUGCGUUAAAGAAAAGGCAAGAAGAAAUAGAUGAAAAAAUUAUGAAGCUAGACAAGUGGAAAGAAGAACUUAAUGCAAGAGUGGCGAAGAAACUAGAGGUGGCACAGGCUGCCAAAGAUAAGAAGGAUAGGUUGAUGGAAGAGGUACGUCGACAUUUUGGUUUCAAAGUUGAUCCACGCGAUGAACGAUUCCAGGAAAUGCUUGCUCAGAAAGAAAAAGAAGAAAAGAAAAUAGCAAAAGAAGCGAAGCGAAAAGCAAGAGAAGCUAAAUUGCUUUCAAGUUUGGCUGAAAUGAGUGUCAAAGCAGGAGAAUCACUGACACCGGGGUCACCUACAACAGCAUCACCAUCUUCAAAGUCAGAUGAUUCAAAGCAAUGACAUUAAGUUUAAUACUUUUUUUUUUAAUAAUUACAUCAUUAGUUAAGAUAUGACUUAAAUUUUUGUGUUAGGAAAGAAGUAUUGGCUAUACUUUCAGCAGAAAAUGCUGAUGUAAAGAUAAGGUUAUUUG